ACAGCUUCUAUCAGUGUUGUUUUCUUUACAUUAUUGUCUUGAUUCAGUUUAGUCCUGGCCAGCAGUUGGACUCAAUGAUCUUUGUGGGUCCCCUCCAGCAAGGGAUAUUCUACAAUCCUGUGUCACCUCUCUGCCUGACCUCAGUGCUUAGCACCCAGUAGGUGCCCCAAUGUUCACUGGGGCCGUGGCAUGUUGGCCUCUGUACCCUACAUACACUCAGGAUUUUGUUCUUCUUUGGGUUGUUUAUUCAAUACUGAGCUACGUGUCUCUCCACAAGCAGCAGCUCUGUGCCAAGAGGAGGAAGUUAUAGGAGGAAACCAGCAACAAGAGCCUGUUGCUCAAUUAGCUGCGUUGUCAGCAGCACUUGGCUAACGAGAGCCACACUUGGGAUUGUACAACCCACACACAUUGCACAAAGCUGGCCUCAGGAGGAGCUGGGGUUUUGCCUAUCGGUUGCUCCUUUACCAUGUGCUGGCUGUAUAGGUGGUGGGAGAGGUUUGGGGGUCAGAAAAGCAAGGACAAGCUCAGGCAAAUCUUUCCUACAGGCACAGACAGGGAGGAAAUGUUUUUCAUGUUUUUUUCUAUCAGGACAUGAGGGAUGGUUCAACAGGACCCCAAGGCUGUGCCCAUAACAUACGUGCUCAGAUGACCAGAGGGAUGCAUUUUCUUGUCAGGUAGUCUCCUUCUCUUUUUAUCAGGACCAUGGUUAAGCCAGCUGGAUGCACUCCUGCUCUUUGCAAGAGCUACAGAAGGAGAGAAAAUAGUCAAAUGCAUAUUGAAUACUGGGAUAAUUUGCACCUCAUUCCCAUAGAUUUUAGUAAGUUUUGAGCCUUCCCAGUGCCUCUGAGAGCCCUGGCUGCCUUCAAGCCCUGACUAAGGCCCUGAAGACCUGGAUAUGAACUGCCAGAAAAUCAGUGCCCAGCAUGAUCCUGGCUGUUUUCCCAUGGGAAGGAGCAUUGUUGCAGUGAUGCAGGAACUUCCUUCAUCUGCCUGACGCAUCCGCUUCGGGUCAUUAAGAAAGCAUUUCUCAAUCGGGAGCUGAGAGAGGUAGGAAGUCCCAGCCUUGUUUUACAAGAGGCUGGCUGUUUGCAGAGUGUUUCCCAAUCAUUUUGCUCUUCCCUCAGUCUUUGGAACAGAAUCCUCAGUGGAGCACGGUGUGUUGGGAACAAGUAUUCCCUGCAUCUUACAGUAUCUAGGGGUGUCCCUAGAGCUCCUCCAUUUUUGCUGGAGCUGGGACCUGGAAGAUGCAAGUAAGGCUGCACUGAAAGGUUCAGUGGUUGGAAGUUGGCCAGGCUUUGGGCACCACAGGCGAGAUUGGGGUGCUGGGAGAAAACUGUUCUUCUGCAGAUAGUGGCACAAUUUUUUUUUCCUUUAAUUGGGAAUAACCUUUGUUCCCUAACCACAGCUUUCCCUGGAGUUUGCUUACCCCAGAGGGACAGUUUAAGCCUCAGUGAGCCCUGCAGUCACGCUGCCUGGGGGAGUGUUUCCUGUAGGUUUCCUGGUGCAGACCCAAGCAUGAUUCUCCCUGACAGGCAGCUGUAAAUCUCCCAAAGGAUGCAGCUGGUUAACCUCAUCCGUAUGUUGGGAUCCACUAAGAAAACACUCCCCUCUGGCACGUGAACAACCUUGCUAUUUAAUAAAUCAGCACCACAGACUCACAGUGGGUUCACCUGAGCGGGCUGGGGGCUCACCUUACACACACCGUGCAUCGGUGCCCAAGCAGAAGAAAACCCAAGCUGCUAAGCCCUCAGUGUGAUCUCCAGGUGCUGUGCACACACACACCAUGCUCUAGUAUCUCCACAACCUCUUUAACACAGACAGGCUUUAAACACAGACAGGCUUCCUCUGGCUUUAUGGGCGAAGGGUGUGCAGCCUCCCUCCGGCACCUGCAGCCGAAGGCGUGACUUGGCAGCAGGUAACACUGCCUCUCCCUGCCUGUAACCACAGCCCUGCGCUUGCAGGGCAAUCCAAGCAGCACCCGUGGCACCGGGUGCUCCCACCACCCCGGCAAAGAUGGUGGAAGGAGUGCUCGCCAAACUCUUCCCCAAACGGCCAUCUGCUCGCUUCAUGCAGAAAUAUCAGCCCCUUGGGAGCACCGAGCCUGAAGAGGAGGUGAGGAUUUCCCAAAGCCUUUGCCGGGACCUGCUGAAAUACUUUUUGUGCUUGGGGUUGAGUGCUGCCUCCGCCUGCCGGUCUGCUCUGUGCUGUGGGAGUGUGAUGUGGCUGUGGCUGUGCUCUGUGAGCUGGGAUGGGGGUAACGAUGUCUGCCAGGCAGCGGGGUGAGGAGGGGGCUUGUUUCUGUGGGCUGCAUGCAGUGCACACCGCUCAGGGUCUGCGGGUUGCUGGGCAGCGCAGCCAACCCGUGGGUUCCCUGUGCUGCUCCUGGGCAUUGCUGCAUUGAGCUCAGCUUGAGCUCAGCUGGAGGAGCCUGCUCCACAUUCUCGCUUUUCCUGAAAGAUGCUGAUGUAUGAAUGCUGGUUUUUACUACCUCUUAUCGUUACCGUCACUGAUGGGUCAAAGCACAGUGGUUCAGGUGUCACAUUUGUUGCUACUGUUGGUUUUUCUCCACUAAAACUUGCAGGCUGGGAUUCUUUUGUUGCCACACUUGCUCAGCACAGGGAUUUCCAUUGCUCAAGACACUGUGUGCUUUUCUCCCACACAUCAGAGCGAUGCGGUGCCCUCCCACACGAACCCGAUCCUCAGCACGCAGGGUUCACCCUUAAUCCUGUCCCAACAAAACCAUCCAUACACUUCCAGAUCCUCAGGUUCUUUCCUGCGAUCAUCUGACCGAGGCCUGUUCUCAGAUAUCACUUCUGCUAAUCCUCUGAGCCUUUCAGAGCCUUGUCUUUCCAGCAGAGGGGCUGAUCAGCGUGACAGAGAGAAGAAAGCAAGGCAUUGAGCUCUUCCCCAUAGCAGCAUGGUGUGAGGUGCUGCUCCGUGCUCCUCAAGCACAGCCCCAGACCCAAGGAGAGGGCGAUGCGGCUGAGGCUGCGAGUGUCUGCAGUCUUGUUUCGAUGGCAGGCUGAGGUUUCUAACACUGCAGAGUGCCUCCAGCAAUUAGGCCGGCUCGUUCUGCUGCUGUGCCAAAAGAAACAGUGAUACAUAUUUGCUGUGGGAUGUACGCCCUGCUUGAAUUAUAGCUGUGGUCCUGCAGAGUGUGACACGCUCAUAGCAUGGUGGGAGUGACCAGUUUCUGCUGUGGGCACGGCGAAUAGGCAGAGAUGUGAAAGCCCAGCGGCUUCAGGCAGGUCCUUGGAGGAUCCAUUACAGGUGAACACAAGGCAGCUGUUGCAGCACAGCUCUGCAGAGGCUGGAGGAUGUCAGGAGGGGUCUCAUUCCAUAGAUGUUAUUUAGGGGCACACCAGAAAAGCUUCUAAUAAUGCUGUCACAAAUAGAAACUGCUUCAAGGCCUGUGGAGUCACUGCUAGUCUCUGGGGUGGAGUAAUGAAUAGCACAGUUAUUACACCCUCAAAAAGAAAAUUUCCAAGCUGUUCUAUUUAAGUUCACCCAACAAUUCUUUGUAUUUUGUAAGCAACCCAGUAACUGCCAUGGCUUGAACAACUUGAUGUAUCAGGAGCAUAUUCUCAGGCUGUGAUUUAGCCUGGUAAAUGACUCACAUUUCCCUGACACCCCAUGCACAUUGCAUCUGCAGAACCCUUUCCCCUGUGGCACUGAAUCCACUCAAGUCUUAGGAGCCAAAGCCUGGAGCACAGACACUACCCAGCCCUGUCCUCCAUUCAGGGCUGAGGUGGGCUUAUUUCAUUCAAUAAGCAUGAAGAAUACACAAGAAGAAGACUUCUGCUUAAGGCUUUAAAUGACCUCUUCUUAGUCUAAAUAACUUAGCCCAUUUAUGACCAGAUUACAACGUACAGACUGGUCCAGGAUCUCCAUGUUUUUCCCCUUUCUGCAUAACAAUUGAUGGCUUGUUUUAGGGUCAGGGAUGGAGGUGAUGAGGCAGGCAGCUGCACAGCUCUGCCACAAAGCUCUCCUGUCCCCCAACAUCCCCUGAGCUUGCAAAGUAAUGGGUAAAUUCUGAUUUUGGUUUUGUUGUGUCUUGCUGCCCAGCUGUAUGAUGUCACUCUAUUGUGCUCAAUAUAAGGGAUAUUGUGCCCACUCAAUAUAAGGGAUAAAGGGCUGAAAAUGUGAAUUGUUAAUAUUGAUAGCCCACAUCUGGUUUAAAACAUAGAUAGAAAACGAUGCAAAACAUACUCCCAAUUUGUACAUCACUGGAGCUGUCCUGGGAGUAAAAGCCAUGCCAUGCUGAUGGGCAGUCAUGGCCAGGCACAGGCUGAUCACUAUUGAUUAGCUCACAGCAGUAAAAGCACUCAUUCACAGCAGCCAUGGUGCUCAGACAUCCAGCAUGUGCUUCCGUCAUUCCUCUUCUCCACACCUUCCCAAAGGUAAAUACCAGUGAUAGAGCAGGAGCUGGCAGACCUGGCUGCUCCCACCAGCCAUGUAGAACUGUAGGCACAUUGCCUCGUGCCUGUGCCACUUCCCAUCCUCCAACACCUUUCAUUAACCCAUAAAUUCCAUAAGAUGAGGCUGGUUUCUCUCACUUGGAGGCAAUGGAGGUAGGGUCUGCUUCCUCCUGUUGGGACAGAAAUCGUCCUAGCUCACCAUUACCAUUCUUUUUUCCCUCUGACAGGUUGGUUUUGUUUUUAACAAGGAGAACCAGGCUUUCCUUGCUCUGAACAUAAAACACACAGUGAAACACUGGCAUGUCAAAAUGCUUAUCUUGGGCGGGAUCCCUGCAAACAACAGGGCCCCUCAUGCCUUCCUGCCCACAGCACUGCCCCAUGUUUGUCUUUUGGCAAUUCAGCUCCUAAUCGUGUUGCUUUCUGCCAGCUGAUAACAACCCCAGAGAAGGUUCAGGCAGCCUUUCAAUGGAGGCAGCACCUCAGUUAUUGUGAGGGUUUGAUAGAAAACCACUCAGCUGGUCUCAAUCCCUGCCUGCCCCUCUCUGCCAAGCAGCUGGAGGGGAUUGCAGUGGAGAUAAGCUGACCAUUGGAUGUACACAGGGGUGAGCAAAACCAUCAGCAUUUAGCCUAAUAAUCAAACAGAAUUAAGUGUAGUAAUGUUGUUGGUCAUUCUGACAGGACAGCAAAUGUCCUACUCUCCCACCCCCACAGGAAGGGUCUCCUGCCUGCAGGCACAGAGCCAUCAUUCCCAGCUACUUCGGAGUGAAUGCUGAGGCUGUAGGGCAAUGAGGUGCACCUGACUUUGGGGCUGAGGAUUAAUUAGGGAGUGUUAUAAAGUGCUGUGAUGGGGAUGUGGUUUUGCUACUUAUGGGGCUACAGGGCUGGCAGGAUAAGAGAAUGGGGUUGAGGAAGAGAAAUGCUAAAUGGUUUCUGCUGAUGGGGCCCUCAUCUAACAAGUGCUUUAUCUCCUUUCUGCAGAGCCAGGAGUGUGAGCUGGAAGUCAUUGAGCAGGAGAAGGAAGUGACAGUUCUGCUACCAAAAGAUGCGUGUAAAUGCCAUAAAGAAGACUUGGCUAAAGCCUUAAAUGUUGAUUUACAAACUGGGCUCUCCGAGUUUUCCGUGCUGCAGCGAAGGUUAAAACAUGGCUGGAAUGAAUUUUCAGUAGAUGCCACAGAGCCUAUAUGGAAGAAAUACCUGGACCAGUUUAAAAAUCCCCUCAUUCUCUUGCUGCUGGCUUCUGCUUUGGUAAGCGUCAUCACUAAGGAGUACGAGGAUGCUGCGAGCAUCACCAUGGCUGUGCUCAUCGUGGUCACCGUGGCCUUCAUCCAGGAGUAUCGUUCUGAAAAGUCUCUGGAAGAACUGAACAAGUUGGUUCCUCCUGAGUGCAACUGCCUGAGGGAAGGAAAACUGCAGCAUCUUCUAGCAAGAGAGCUUGUGCCUGGAGAUAUCAUAUAUCUUUCUGUUGGUGAUAGGGUCCCUGCAGACCUCAGGCUAAUAGAGGUUACAGAUCUGCUGGUGGAUGAAUCCAGUUUUACUGGAGAAGCUGAACCUUGCAACAAGACUGAUGGUGUGUUACUGGAAGCUGGAGACAUAACCACUCUGAGCAAUGUUGUUUUCAUGGGGACCCUGGUGCGAUAUGGGAAGGGAAAAGGUGUAGUUAUUGGAACAGGUGAAAAUUCACAGUUUGGAGAGGUGUUCAAAAUGAUGCAAGCUGAAGAGACUCCCAAAACCCCUCUUCAAAAAAGCAUGGACAGACUGGGGAAGCAACUCACCCUUUUCUCCUUUGGCAUAAUUGGUUUAAUAAUGCUCAUUGGCUGGUUACAAGGAAAGCAUCUUCUCAGCAUGUUCACCAUUGGAGUUAGCCUGGCAGUGGCUGCCAUCCCAGAGGGCCUUCCCAUUGUGGUCACUGUAACACUGGUGCUGGGUGUUCUUCGUAUGGCCAAGAAAAGAGUGAUUGUGAAGAAGCUGCCCAUUGUAGAAACCUUAGGCUGCUGCAAUGUCAUCUGCUCAGACAAGACAGGCACUCUGACUGCCAAUGAGAUGACAGUGACUCGACUUGUGACCUCAGAUGGCUUCCAGGCAGAGGUCAGUGGGGUGGGCUACAAUGGAGAAGGAAAUGUUUAUCUUCUGCCAUCAAAGGAAAUUCUUAAAGAAUUUUCCAACGUCUCAGUUGGGAAACUAGUGGAGGCUGGCUGCGUGGUCAAUAAUGCCAUUAUCAGGAAAAACAGUGUGAUAGGACAGCCCACAGAAGGAGCUCUUCUUGCUCUUGCAAUGAAGAUGGAAUUAGCUGACAUAAAAGAUAGUUAUGCAAGAAAGAAGGAAAUUCCAUUUAGCUCCGAACAAAAAUGGAUGGCUGUGAAAUGCACACUGAAAAAUCAGGAUCAGGAAGAUAUUUAUUUCAUGAAAGGAGCAUUUGAAGAAGUGAUUCGAUAUUGCACUAUGUAUAACAGCAGUGGCAUCUCAUUAAUGCUCACACCUCAACAGAAAGCCUCCUACCAGCAGGAAGAGAAAAGAAUGGGCUCCUCAGGUCUACGGGUACUCGCUUUGGCUUCAGGUUCAGAACUUGGCAAACUAACCUUUUUGGGCCUGGUUGGAAUAAUUGAUCCCCCCAGGGCUGGAGUGAAAGAAGCUGUGCAGGUCCUUGUUGAGUCUGGUGUCUCAGUAAAGAUGAUAACUGGAGAUGCCCUGGAAACUGCUGUGGCUAUAGGGCAGAAUAUUGGUCUCUGCAAUGGGAAACUGAAAGCCAUGUCUGGGGAAGAGCUGGAUCAAGUGGCAGAGUCAGAACUCUCAUCCACUGUCAAAAAUAUUUCAAUUUUCUUUAGAACAAGUCCAAAGCACAAGCUAAAAAUCAUAAAGGCUUUGCAGAGAGCUGGUGCCAUUGUGUCAAUGACAGGAGAUGGUGUUAAUGAUGCUGUGGCUCUUAAAUCUGCCGAUAUUGGGAUUGCAAUGGGGCAGGCGGGUACAGAUGUCAGCAAAGAGGCUGCCAACAUGAUUCUUGUGGAUGAUGACUUCUCAACAGUAAUGAAUGCAAUAGAAGAGGGAAAAGGAAUAUUUUACAACAUAAAAAACUUUGUUCGGUUCCAGCUGAGCACGAGCAUUUCAGCUUUGAGCUUAAUUACUCUGUCAACAGUGCUCAACCUACCAAAUCCGCUCAAUGCAAUGCAGAUCUUAUGGAUCAACAUCAUCAUGGAUGGGCCCCCAGCCCAAAGCUUGGGAGUUGAACCUGUUGAUAAGGAUACAAUCAAACAGCCACCUCGAUGUAUUACAGACACUAUACUCAGCAAAUCACUGAUCCUGAAAAUCUUCAUGUCAGCUCUAAUUAUCAUUAGUGGAACCCUCUUUGUCUUCUGGAAGGAGAAUCCUAAAGGUGGCAUAACCCCCCGGACCACAACCAUGACUUUUACAUGUUUUGUGUUUUUUGACCUCUUCAAUGCUCUGACGUGUCGUUCUCAGACAAAGCUGAUACUGGAAAUAGGCUUUUUUCGAAACCGCAUGUUCUUGUAUUCUGUGCUCGGGUCGUUUCUGGGACAGCUGGCUGUUAUAUACGUCCCUCCAUUACAAAAGAUCUUCCAGACAGAGAACUUAGGAGUGCUAGACUUGCUCUUUCUUACUGGACUGGCUUCUACAGUUUUCAUCGUGUCUGAGUUGGUCAAACUCUGUGAAAAACGCUGCUGCCACCAGAAGCACACAAGGAAUGCAGUAACUGAUACAAAAGAGAUGCCUGGAGCAGGGCUGUGAUGCUGGGGAACUCAAUGCACUGGUCUAACGAUUGCAUCUUUUCUGAAGAUACCCCAGUGAAUUUGUCCCAACAGUUCUUCCCACUCCAGUCUGUUCCUUUUGUGCAGUGUACAUAAGCUACGUGAGCUGUCUACAGACAUCUCUGGAAUGACUCCUGUUUUAAACCAAGAUCAGGUAUAUUUUUAUAAUAUUGAUCUUUGUGUUGAGAAUGCUGAUAGCCCCCAAACAAGUAACGCAGUUUCACACCUGUACAGAAAAAUCUAUUGUGCAUAAAUUGAAGUUUUUAUUUAUUUAAAUCACAGUGAUUUUUAUUAAUAAAAUUCUAUGUUUUAAAAUGAUGCACAGAAAUAUCUGAAGGAGAUUCUUGAUUUAGACCCGUCUUUUUAUUUUAAAUUAGCUGAAAAGAACUGCCUUUGUGAGCACUUCUAUCACCAAUCUAUAGUGUUUCCAGAUCCCGUGAUCCCUAGCUUUCAUCCAACAAGACUCUAAAGGAAUGUGGGGUGAGUUUUCAAACAAAGUGUUGAAAGUUAAAGUGCAGCACUCCUGUCAGCUGAACACUGCAGUGGUUUUUUGUCCCUAUGCAACUAGUAGGAGCAAAGUGGUUGGCUGAGCUGGUGCACAGGGGUGGAUGGAUUCAAUGGGGAAGGGGCUUACUCUCAUAAGAGCAGGGGAUGUUGAGCUUUGAAGUUGGAUCAACAGCUGCAUAGAAAUGAGAGAUGUUUUGAUCAAGCCCUACUGCUGAGAACCAUUUUCUGGACUUUCACUGAUGUGUUAAACACAGGUUGCUUAAUCAAAAAAAAGAAAGUUGAGAUUAUUCCAUGCUAUUCCAUGCCCAUCUUGAACAAUUGGGUGGGGUAAGUAGUGUUUCACUGACAUCUGCUACAAGUGCCAUAGUAUCAGUCUUCUCCAGCUUAAUACUAUUAAGUAAAGAGUCUCAGACUUAAACUUGUCAUAAAACACAAUUCUGGAGCUCAAAAUGCUAUGCCAAUCUCCACAAGCUGAUACUUGAACAGGAUUACACUUUCAAUUCAUAGACUAGAAAGAACCAGCUCGACUGACACAGUUUAAUUUGAAGAAAACUCAGCAGUUGUAAUAAUUUUUGGUGAAGAACAGCUUUGUGCAACUCGCCCUCCCUGCUUGCUAUUUUAAAAAUAUCCUCACAAGUGGUUUUUGUCUUCAAGAAAAAGUCUCUACCUCUCUAUGGGAGGGGAAAAAGGUAAGUUGAGUAAUUAAUGUGUAACUGCAGAAAUUCAACUAUGUAUGCUCUCUGCUUCGGCAGUAUUUAGUAAGUGUUGAUGGGGCCUGAGCAAAGAAUACUUCUGAGGUGUUUGGUGGGAGUUUGACAAUAAUGUAUUAAAACAGAAGUCAGCAUUGCCACGCUUACAGUAAGCAUCAUGUAAUGAGCUGCUGUCUGCACAGCAUUUUCUACUUAAAAGUGGCACUAAAUGCACAGCUGAAUUGCAGAAUAUAUAGCUGGAGUGAUUUCUUGUGCUGUCCUCUCUAGGACAAAUGCAUAUAUACCUUAAUUAACAGAAGUGGGAUCUACAUUAAGACACAAUUGCAGAUUACCUGGAAUUUCAAAUCUGGUUCUCUAUGAAAAGCAUCAGAGACCACAUAGAGGAAAAUGAAUAAAUGCCACGUGAUCAGAAUCCCAACCUGCAAGUGAC